AUGCCGAACAUUGGUGCUGUUAAACCUGCAACGCAAACGAGUCGACCUACUGUUGACUCCCACGGAAAAGAACUUAAAUCUUCAAAGCAAAACAACACCACAAUUGCAAAUAUCUCGACUACUGCAGACCACGAUGCGUCGAACUCUCCUGAGAGCUCUCCUGAAGGCCCGAGCAGGAGCACUAGUUUUAACGCCAUUUCUCAAACGGAAGGUCCUGUAUCUCCGCCUCCUACCUCCACCUUUGCCAAAAAGUCUCCCAGCUGUGCAGAGAAAGCCAGAACUCCAACCAGAAUAAAGCAAGAAGCUCCUGCCGAGGUGCGAUCCAUGGAGGUCAUUAAAACAGUGGGUGUGAGUGGACUUAUGAUCGGCUGGGAGAGGCCUCCACUGGACGAGCUGGGCUGCAGCAACGGCACCUUUGUUUAUGGGUACAGGGUGCUUGUUGACGGAGUGUUUCACAAGUCUGUCAUGAGCUCAGCCUGCACCAAGUGUAUACUUGAGAACGUGAACCUGAGCGUUCCCAUUCAAAUCAGCCAAAACCUCACACCUUUUAGUGCCAUCUAUAGCUGCAGCUCUCUGUGGGAUUUUAUAACCUCCAUCAAGAACAAGUGCGACACCGUCACGCCGCAGGGACUCGCCUUCUUUAAGGGCAUCAGGACAUAA